CUCCCCCACUCGUUCGUCCCGCUGCUGCGUUGCGGGGCCACACUGUGACCGCACCGACGAGGAAGAGGAGGAAGAGGACAGCCGGGGGGGCAGCUGGAGCACACGAGGCGCUUUAAAGAUCACAGGAGGGGGGCAACCAAUCCGUCGAAGAAGACGAAGAGGCACGUCGCGUUCUUCCUCUGUCAAUCCUGCUCCUCUUCAUCAAGCCGACAUCCUCUUUGGGAAUUUUCUGCUCGAUAAAACGACGACAGAGGCGUCGGAAGCCCCCCCCCCCGCCCCCCUCGAGAGCAGGUCUACUCUUCAUCUUAAAGCCCCUACCCCUCCCCGACAGGAGAGCCCACUCCUCAUCGUCAAGCAGCCAUGAAGGAUCGCACGGCGGAACUGCGGAGUGCUAAGGACAGCGACGAUGACGAGGAGGUGGUGCAGGUGGACCGAGAUCACUUCAUGGAUGAGUUCUUUGAGCAGGUGGAGGAGAUUCGAGGCUGUAUAGAGAAGCUGUCUGAAGAUGUGGAGCAGGUGAAGAAGCAGCACAGCGCCAUCUUGGCUGCACCCAACCCUGACGAAAAGACCAAACAGGAGUUGGAGGAUCUCACAGCUGACAUCAAGAAGACAGCAAAUAAAGUUCGUUCAAAAUUAAAAGCAAUCGAGCAGAGCAUCGAGCAGGAAGAAGGCCUCAACAGAUCUUCGGCGGACCUCAGGAUCCGCAAGACGCAGCACUCCACACUGUCCCGCAAGUUUGUGGAAGUGAUGACCGAGUACAACACCACGCAGUCCAAAUACCGCGACCGCUGCAAGGACCGCAUCCAGAGACAGCUGGAGAUCACUGGAAGAACCACCACCAACGAGGAGCUGGAGGACAUGUUGGAGAGUGGCAAGCUGGCCAUCUUCACCGAUGAUAUCAAGAUGGACUCCCAGAUGACCAAACAGGCUCUUAACGAGAUUGAGACUCGACACACUGAGAUCAUCAAGUUGGAGAACAGCAUCCGCGAGUUGCACGACAUGUUUGUGGACAUGGCGAUGCUGGUGGAGAGUCAGGGCGAGAUGAUCGACAGAAUUGAGUACAACGUGGAACACUCGGUGGACUACGUGGAGCGAGCCGUGUCCGACACCAAGAAGGCCGUCAAGUACCAGAGCCAAGCCCGCAAGAAAAAGAUCAUGAUCAUCAUCUGCUGCGUCAUCCUGGGCGUGGUGUUGGCAUCAACUAUCGGUGGGACGCUGGGCUUCUGAGCUUCCUGUCGCCAUGACGACCGCCAGACGGAGGAGGAAAAAGCCCAAAAACUUGAACCACAAAUGCAAGAAGAUAACCAAUCAGCAAACGGGACAUUCUUGGGGUGGGCCGAGGUCCAACAUUCCCACCAAAUCAAACACACUCAAACGCACCACAGUGUAAACGGACGGUUCCGGUAAACGUAUCGAUGUAAACAUAGCAAGCUACGCACGCGCCAGCUACAUGUUUUUUCUUUCUGUCUUCUCAACUUUUGCUUUCGGGAGGACGGUGAUGGUGAGCACCACUGGGCGGGGCGUCUGUGGGACGAGCACUCUGGCAGCCAUAUUGCUCGCUAGAAUGCCCACCUGGUUCUAGAUGGAAAGUUCCGGAAUAGUGUGAGCAUGUAUGGAAUGUUAACGAAUGCCGUCCCGCAGAAAGCGCCCCACCCAGCCCACGUUAGCAGGGCGGGUCCAACCUUGCUCUGAAACCACCCCUCAAUGGUCACUCCCUUCAGUCAGCGUUCAAAGCGUUCCCCCCCACUGGGGUAGGGGGAGGGGGUGCUGGGAGGGUGUCUGGAGCAUUAUCUUUGACCGCCAGGUGAUGCGAGGGGUGGAGGGGUGGAGUCAGGGGGGGUGGAACUCAAGGGAGAGUCAAUCUAUGCAGUUUAGACACAAGCGCGACUCGUCCCGCCCCCUGACUGCAGACGCCACGUCUCCCCGCCCACCCGAACGUUGCGACCAUAUUUAGUUUUCCAUGGGGAACGUUUGUUGACUCGUUAUUCCGUGGUGCUGCUGUUUUUGUGCAUGUGUUCCGUGACUUCCUGUUGAGUUCGCCUGAGCCGUCCUUGUCACCGCCAUCUGGCCGAGUGUGUUUGUGGUCGUCACGGUGACACAGGUGCUACCAACCGGGAGAGUCUCCUCCUCCUCCUAGAGUCAUGUGAUGCACACACGUUACUCGUGUCACACGUCCCCUUACACCAUGCUAGCUUAGCUUUAGCUUAGCUUUUGUGGAGUGGUGUCAGCGUUGAGACUGGGACGCUUGGAGCAGGAAGCUAAUCCCCCCCCCCCCCAAAAUACAUGUGCAUGUUGUAAACAUUGUGUGUUAGCGAGCGCACGUUUUGCUUUGCUUCCUUUAGCAUAGCGGUUGUUGAUGUAGGCACGCUAUCAGGUAGAAUUGUCGCGGUUCUGUGAAACAAAGGCCCACCGGCCUCCGCUGAGGCCGCCGUUAGCGGCGCACACUCCCUGUGAGACUAACAAACGCCGCUAAUGUUACAAACUGCACUCGGCGCUCAAGCAAUAACUGUCAGUCUUGUUGUCUGACAAGUGACUGGAAGCUAAUGCAUUGUUAGCGUUGGCGUAGCGAGUCAUGCUAACAUCUGGCGUGACGGCUCGGACGCGAACAGGAAGUGGGAUUGGCUUUGUUGAAUUAGUGCGUGUUGUGUAGUCAUUAGCGCUGUUAGCUGUAGAUGUAGUGUUGUGGCUUCGUGACAAACAAAAGCGUAGCGUGACGUGACAAAAAGAGAGUUUGUUUCAUUUUUGAUUCCCAAAACCAAAAGCAACAUGUGUAUUCACCAAAGUUUGCGCCUCUGCUCUCGUGUUGUGUUGAAAUGAAACGUACGCUUGUCCCCGCCUCCUUGCUCACCGCCAGUCCACCAAUCAGAGCUCCUCUCCACACCGCUCAGCGGUGAUCAAGUUGACGUCACUGUAGUUACAGCGAGGACGUCGUCGUAGCACCAGCCAGCGUCUUUGAUAUGUGUGUGUGUGUGUGUGUGUGUGCACGCCAUCAUCGUCCCCUGAACAAACGCAAACAUGGCGGCAUGAAGGUAGAAGGCGUGUCCUGGUAUUCCUGUCUUUCUGUGUUGACGUUUGUUUUUUGGAAAGAUGACGGUGUGGAUCAAGCCCCCCACCCCCACCCUUGUAAAAGCUCUUAUUCAAGUCCAAAUAUUAUGUUUGUUUGUUUUUUUUUUCCAAAAAAAGGCAUGCAAAGCGUUGUGGAGUUUGCAUGGUGAUGUUUUUUCGUGUCCUGACCUGCCGCCAUGUUGUGCACUUUACUGGUCAUUGGCUCCGCCUUUGUUAGCACGUUAGCUCGCUUCCUGCUUCUUUUCACAUGAUGGUUCCUUACCCCCACAUCUCCCCUACCCCUCCCCCGGGAAUGUGUGUUGGUCGAGUGACGGGAAGGAACAUUCAAGAGCACAACAACACAAGUCACUUUCACGUUGGCCACGCAAACCAAAGCUCACCGAGUCGCCCGGAGACGACCGCUCCAAAGACCAACCGGCCGUUAGCAUGCGGCCCUCCAUGUUUGUAGUCCUGAUGACGACGGUGAAGCUCUUUGUCUUCCUGAAACAAUUUCCAAAACUCCUCCUAGUUGCCGUGACAACGUCGGGGAGUCAGUAUUAGUAGGAAGAGUCUGGGGAGGGGGCACGUGGCCAAUUGGAAAGACUUGGUUGUUGUCAACAUAAACAAUAAUGUAAUUAUUGUAAAUAAGAGACAAAAGAUGACCUGCAUGUUUAUGUAGAAUUAUCUUCCUGACAAAGUUGAUGGAGUCUUGGACGUCCGCGUCCUCUUCAGCCCCCAAAAGUAACCCAGCAGCAGAGGCUCCGCCCACUGGCUCCUCUGAUCAAAGUGCUUCCCUCCAUUUUAGUCAACACCCCCUUUCAUUGGUGUAGCCAAAUGAGCCCUCCGCCAUCUAUUGGCUUCUGUUUGGCCCGCCCCUUAAACCUCCCACAGGCCGACCUUUAAUAAGUGUGCAAUACAGGAGGCGCCACUAGGGGGAGGCGGCCAGACACAAGAGCUCCGCCCACCAGACGGACAAAAAGGGGGACAGGCGUCCGCUCCCCUCAACUUUGGCAGGAAAUGCAACUUGUGUCCUGUUUCUUUUUGUGUGUUUGUGUGUGUAGUGUAAUGUAAAAGCGAUCUGUCCCCCCCACACACUUAAGACACGCCCCAAGAUUCGCAACAGUCCCCCCCUCUCUCGUUCUGCUGUUGGCUGUUCUGUUUAGUUCACGUGACGUGCAAGUACCCCCCACCCCCGAACUCUCGCUCUUUGCCCCCCCCAUGGAUCUUUAAGAUGACAACUCUAUGCAGAUGCUGUCUUUUAUAAGUGUGUCCAACAUUUUAAUUUCAAAUAAAAAAUACACAAAUAUUGAAACAUGAAUAAAUAAAGGAUUGUUCAGUGUU